AUGACAUCUUUUAGUAUUUCUCUCCAAGAUUGUGAGAGUGAAAUUCUCUCAAACUUAAACGAUUCUUUUGAGCUGGUUAUGGAUUGUAAAUUUAAUGACGAAGAUAACUUACUUUACAGUUCUCAUGUUGAUGGUAAAAUAUUCAAGUUCGAAUUUGACUUUGAUGAAAACAAACUUAAGUCAGUAUCAAAAGUUUUUGGAAAAAAAGGGUCGUGUAGAAACAUCGAAUUUAUGAAUGGUAUGUUUAUAUUUACACUAAAUAAUAUCAUUAAGCUCAAUUUAGAAAAGAUUAUUGCAAUAUAUAAUACUGGUGAAACUAUUCUAUUGGACAAGUCAGGAAAAGCCGUUUGGAAAACCCCUAAAAGUGGAGUUGGAGUCAAUGCAGUUACUUGUUUUAACAAUAAUAUCAUUGUUACUGGAGAUGAUGAGGGAUUUGUUGAGAUUUGGGAUAUUAGAGAUAAAAGUAACAAAUCAUUUUCAAAAUUUAGAGAUAAUGAAGACUGUAUUAAUGAUAUUUAUCAUGUUGAAGAUAAGAACUCUUUAAUCGUAAUAUCUGGUGAUACUCUGGGAGUUUAUGACACUAAAAGUAUCAUUAGUAAAAAAAACAAAGAUCAUCUUCUUUCAUUAUCAGACCCUCAAGAAGAAAAUAUAUUGUGUAGCAAGACUAUUCGUAAUAAUUCGAAAAUUGUCUGUGGGACAGAUGAAGGAAACCUGUUAUUCUUUUCAUGGGGUAACUUCGGAGAUUGUACUGAUCGUAUGUUAAUCCCAUUUGUAGAUGGGUUUGAAAAAGACAACAGCGUAGAGCACAUACAAAUUUACCAAGACCAAUUUGCAAUUAUUUCAACAAGUGAUGGAAUAUUAAAGGUAGUUGAAUUUUUUCCAAAUGAGAUUCUUGGUACACUCACAUUAAAUUCUAUGAAAAAAUCAGAAGAUAUCAAUAUUGAAUGUUCAAAAACAACGAUUUCAAAUUUAAAUAAUUUCAUUAUCCAUUCCCAUGGAAUUAAGCUUGAUUUUUACAGUUUAAGUAUGGUAGACGACAUAAUUUCCAAAGGUUCAUCUUCCAGCACUUAUUCUGUAAGCAAAAAAAAAAGGAAGAAAUCAACAAUUCAUAAUGACUUCUUUCAAGAUCUUUAG